GUCUGGAGCGCUGGCCCUGGAGUCUGGAAGGGGGGCCGGGUAGCGAUGGUCGCAAGAUGGCGGCGCUGAGGGAGAGUCGGAGCUACGGGCUGUCGUGCGGGCGGGUGAGCGACGGUAGCAAGGUGUCUGUGUUUCACGUGAAGCUCACCGACAGUGCCCUGAGGGCCUUCGAGAACUACCGUGCCAGCCAGGAUUCUGUUUCUCUGAGACCAUCAAUUCGAUUUCAAGGAAGCCAAGGGCACAUCUUCAUCCCCCAACCUGACUGCCCCUCAGAGGCUCGGACCUUCUCCUUCUACCUCUCCAACAUUGGCCGUGACAGCCCCCAAGGCAGCUUUGACUGCAUCCAGCAGUACGUCUCCAGCCAUGGGGAUGUACACCUGGACUGCUUGGGUAGCAUCCAGGACAAAAUCACAGUGUGUGCCACUGACGACUCCUACCAGAAGGCACGGCAGAGCAUGGCCCAGGCGGAGGAGGAGACUCGGAGCAGGGGCGCUAUUGUCAUCAAGCCCGGAGGCCGCUACCUAGGCAAGAAGGUUCAGUUUAGGAAACCAGCCCCAGGGGCGACAGAUGCUGUGCCCUCCCGGAAGCGGGCAACCCCCAUCAACCUGGCAAGUGCCAUCAAGAAGAGUGGUGUUAGCGGGGGUGGUGGGGUGUCUCAGAGGCCUUUCCGUGACCGGGUGCUGCAUCUUCUGGCACUGAGGCCCUACCGGAAGGCCGAACUGCUGCUGCGGCUCCAGAAGGAUGGCCUGGCCCAGGCAGACAAGGACACGCUGGACAGCCUCCUCCAGCAGGUGGCCAACGUGAGUGCCAAGGACGGCACGUGCACACUGAAGGACUGUGUGUACAAGGAUGUGCAGAAGGAUUGGCCCGGCUACUCAGAGGGGGACCAGCAGCUACUAAAGCGCAUGCUUGUCAGGAAGCUGUGCCAGCCACCGAGUGCAGGCGGCCUCUCUGGAGACUCUGCUGCCACCAGCCCUCCAAGGGAGCAUGGGAUCUCGGUCUCACCCCCGCAGAAACGGCCUCAGCCUCCUGAUUUUAUUGACCCGCUGGCCAACAAGAAACCAAGGAUAUCGCACUUCACACAGAGAGCUCAGCCCGCCCUCAAUGGGAAGUUAAGUGUGCCCCACACCCGGGAGGCCCUGCUGCCCACCCCAGGCCCACUGACUGGCACAGAUGCCCACCUACCUCCACGGCUGGAUCCUCCAAGGGCACAUGACCCUUUGGCUGAUGUCAGCAAUGACUUGGGCCACAGUGGCCGGGACUGUGAUCGUGGGGAAGUGGCCACCUCAGCCCCCACUGCGUGCCUAAGCCUGCCCCUGCUGAAGGACUGUGCCCAGCCCAGCAAACCCCACGGCAGCUUGUCUCGUGGCAAGUCCAAGAAGAAGUACAAGAAGCACAAGGACAAGGAGAGGGCAGCUGAGGACAGGCCCCGGGCUGAGCCACCAGACCUUGUACCUGGCUCCCUUGGAGCCCCGCCAGGUGCCCCAGGUUUAAACGGGACCUGCAACAACUUGAGUGUCCCCACAUCAACCUCGGAGACACCCGACUACUUGCUAAAAUACGCCACCAUCUCCUCAUCGGAGCAGCGCCAGAGCUAUAAGAACGACUUCAAUGCUGAGUACAGCGAGUACCGAGACCUACACGCCCGCAUCGAGCAGAUCACGCGGCGCUUCACACAGUUGGACGCCCAGCUCCGGCAGCUCUCCCAGGGCUCCGAGGAAUACGAGACUACUCGUGGGCAGAUUUUGCAGGAAUAUCGCAAAAUCAAAAAGACCAAUGCCAACUACAGCCAAGAGAAGCACCGUUGUGAGUACCUGCACAGCAAGCUGGCCCACAUCAAGAGGCUGAUUGCUGAGUAUGACCAGCGGCAGCUGCAAGCUUGGCCCUAGCCCAGGCCACAGGACAGGAGCUCCCCCUCCCUGGAUCAGGGGAGCUGAGGCAGGGGGGCGGGGGGAGCAAAAAAUGGGGGGAAAAUUUAUUUAACAAAAAUAAACACAAGGAAGACACGUUCAUCUGAGCCAGCAAUGCCGGCUUUCAGGGGAGCCCCUGCAGACCUGGCACCCACAGGUCACAGAUGCAGGCGGGGUGUCCCGAUCCCUGGCCCCUGUACCUCCUGAGCAGCCCUUGCCUGGAACAAGCUCCCUAGGAAGCCCACCUCUUCGCUGACUACAGCCCAAGGGGCUUCAGCUUACUCUUGCUGGAAGAUUUGGCCGGCCUGCCUGCCUUUUCUAGUUUUAUACAAAGACAGCCACUUUUAGCUACUGCUCAUGAGACUUGAGUCUAUUUUUGUAUGAAAGAGAAAGCAUCUUUUUUCUAAACCUGUGCCUCCCCCUCUUUGGACGCCUAGGGUCUAGAUGCUGCCCUGUGUUCUCUCUGCAGUAUUACAGAUGCCAUUGGAAAGUCUGGGCAAGGGACCAGCCUUGGUCACCUUUCCCAUGCUGGGCUCUGGCUGAGUGCCUGACCAGGCUCUCCAAGCCCAAGCAAGGGUGGGCUCUCUAAGGGGGUGUGCAGGGUGGGUCAACCCCCAGUCUAUUUUGAGAACUCCAGCUGGCCCCCAGAGCAGCUGCUGGAGCCCCUGGCCUGUCCACUGUUUCCACUAUUUCAGGCCCUCAGCUGUUGGGCACUGGGGUUCUCUGUGCUACAAGCUCAUUAUGCAGCAACAGUGCUGGACUUUAUUCCGUGUUCUCAAUUUCCCCUUUACUGCUGCUUUUCAUGUACUGUUAAGACCUCACUCCGUUUCUCAGUCCCCUUGUGGGUCCUGGUGUUGUCUUAGCAGAGCCACCAUGGGGUAUGCACUCAGGGAGGGGCUGGGGAUUGGUGGGGUCAGGGGACCCCAAAAGAGUGAGCUCAGAAAAGGCUCUCAGUCCACCCACUCUGGGGACACAGGCUAUAUGGACACCCCAAUUGCUGCUUAGUUACUGUGCCUAGUAUAGUGUCCUCCAGAGCACUGGGGAGCCAUGUGUGUGUGUUUGUGUUUGUGUGCGAGUGGCCCCGAGUGCCAGGGCAUGGUGGGGUCUGAGGGCUGUACUCAGAUUCAGGGCCACCUUCAGUGGGGUGGUGGGUAACUGUGACCCACACCCCCACAGGGAGAGUGGCAGUGCUCACAGGCACAGCUGUGUGUAAGCUAUGGGGUAUCUCCUGAUGGUUUCCCAAAGAGCAGGCCCCUCGUGAAUGCCUGCACUGUGCUCACCCCACAGUCUUUUCCACAGGCCCCUGGGCGUCCGAGCACCGAGGAAGCUCACCCUUCAUGUUUCCCUUGCCAUUGUGUUGUUUUUCAUUUGGGACAGAGUGGGCAAAGGGCCGAGAAAACCCGGGACCCCAAGUUGUGCAGACAGCUGUGCAUGUGGACGGGCGGACUAAUGACAAGGGAUCAUUGAAGGAGGCCCAACCUUCUGCCCUGGGAACCUGGUCAAGGGAUUCUCAGAUGAAUUUCCUUUUUGUUGUUUGUUUUUUUCCCAUCCUUUUAAGGAAUUACAAAGCUAAGAAAAGUUUUAUGCUUUGGGGGUUGAUGGACAAAAGUUCUAGGUGAUUAAAUAUGGUCUUAACUUAUUGAUACUGUUUUUUUUCCUUUUAAUAUUGUACUGUGGAGAAAAACUAUAUUGAGCCAUGGAGUUGGUGUUUACAAGAACUUUUCACUUUUGCCAAAAUGUUACAAUUGAAAGCAUCCACGUCUGCAAUUUCCUAAUAUUUUCUUAAAGAUCUGGUGUCCUUUUUGUACACUAAACAGGUGAAUGCUGAUUUUUUUCAACCUACAAUAAAUUUCACUGAACUGAAAGUAGA